UGCCCUCUGCCCUCUCCAGACCAGCCCCGACCCCACAUCCCGAGCCACGCGGGCGACAUGGCGGCAGGGAAGAUGGACAACCUGGCCCUGGUGGUGCACGGACCCGGGGACCUGCGACUGGAAAACUAUCCGAUUCCUGAACCCGGCCCAAAUGAGGUGCUGCUGAAGAUGCACUCGGUUGGCAUAUGCGGCUCCGACGUACACUACUGGCAGCACGGCCGGAUUGCGGAUUUUGUCGUCAAGAAACCGAUGGUGUUGGGCCACGAAGCGUCGGGAACAGUCUUUAAAGUGGGAUCGUUAGUGAAGCAUCUCAAACCAGGUGACCGAGUUGCCAUCGAACCUGGGGCUCCCCGGGAAAUUGAUGAAUUCUGCAAAACAGGGAGAUAUAACCUGUCUCCCACCAUCUUCUUUUGUGCUACCCCGCCUGACGACGGGAACCUCUGCAGAUUUUACAAGCACAAUGCUGAUUUCUGUUACAGGCUACCUGACAAUGUCACCUUUGAAGAGGGGGCUCUAAUUGAGCCUCUGUCUGUGGGGAUUCAUGCCUGCCGGAGGGCUGGAGUCACUUUGGGAAGCAAGGUUUUAGUGUGUGGAGCAGGACCAAUUGGAUUAGUCACUUUGCUGGUAGCGAAAGCGAUGGGAGCCUCCCAAGUGGUGGUGACUGAUCUGUCCGCUCCACGCUUGGGAAAAGCCACGGAAUCCGGGGCCGAUUUCACCUUCCAGAUCAGCCGUGAGACUCCUCAGGAAAUUGCCGGCAAGGUGGAGGGCUUGCUUGGUUGUAAGCCUGAAAUCACCAUUGAGUGCACAGGGGCAGAAUCCGCCAUCCAAGCUGGCAUCUACGCCACUCGUUCUGGGGGGACGCUGGUUCUGGUUGGGCUGGGCAGUGAGAUGGCCACCGUCCCCCUGGUGAAUGCGGCGGUGAGAGAGGUGGACAUCAGAGGCGUGUUUAGAUACUGUAACACGUGGCCCGUGGCGAUCGCCAUGCUUGCUUCCAAGUCAGUGAACGUCAAGCCCUUAGUCACCCACCGCUUCCCUCUGGAGAAGGCUCUGGAGGCCUUCGAGACAACCAGGAAGGGGCUCGGGGUGAAAGUCAUGCUCAAGUGUGACCCCACUGACCAGAAGCCUUGACGUGACCGGGGGCCCCGCCCUCCGCUCCCGCCUCUUCCCAUCUGACCCUAAUGGUCAGAGCGUUGGCUCGGGGCGGUGUCGGUUCUGAGUGAUUUAUUUGGAAUACCUGAGCAAAUAGCGACAACGAAUGUUUUCAAGCAGGGAGCCUUAGACUGAGAGUGGUGAGUGCUUU